AAUUACUAACUUACCCCUUAUUUGUGUCCGCCCUAUCUGUUCAGCAAGCCGACACAGCACAUUCAUCACAUAUCGUUCUCUCCUAACACACAACAGCAAGCCGACACAGCAGCAAGCGGCGGUUCCUUCUCCUUCUCCGGCGGUUCCUUCUCCUUCUCCGGCGGUUCAUUCUCCUUCUCCGGCGGUUCCUUCUACUUCUCCGGCGCUCAUCGGAUCUGUUCACCGCAGGACAUCGCUGAUCUCUCGAACAUCCUAACAAACAAAUCUUCACCUUCACUCUCAGAUCCAGUCUUCCUUCCUUGUCAAUCCACCCAAAUCUCCCAUGGCAAACGCUUGGAAGAAAUACAAAUCCAACAAACUCACCACCCCCAAACUCCUCUUCCUCUUAACCUCCACCUCCCUGAUCCUCCUCACCUUCUUCUACCUCUCCACCCCCACCACCCCACCCACCACCUUCUUCAACCCCACCUCACCCAUCCACCCCUUCAACUGCACCAACACCCCUCAACCCCACCCCAUCAUAGCCAACCAAGUUGAAGGCCUCAAACACCCAUUCAUCUACUCCCUUUCCGAUUUCGGCUCCCUACCCGAUAAACCCCACAAGAACAUUGUCCGGAUGCUCAAAGGCAAAUUGUUUAGGAGACCCGAUAUUUCGGUUACCGUCCAGGACUUGCUGGACAAGAUGAGGGCUGAAGGGAGGACCGGGGCUUUCGUCGAUGUGGGAGCGAAUGUGGGUAUGGCCACAUUCGCUGCUGCGGUGAUGGGGUUUCGGGUUUAUGCGUUUGAACCGGUGUUGGAGAAUUUGCAGAGUGUUUGUAAUGGGAUUUAUUUUAAUCGGGUUGGGGAUUUGGUCAGGCUUUUUGAAGCUGCUACUUCUGAUCGGCUUGGGAAUAUCACAUUUCAUAAGUUGGUUGGACGGCUAGACAACAGUGCGGUUUCAGCGGCUGGUGCGAAGCUGGCUUUUAAAUCAAAUGAAGAAGUUGAACUUCAAGUAAGAUCGGUUCCGCUUGAUCUAGUGAUCCCCGAGACAGAACGCGUUCUACUUUUGAAAAUCGAUGUGCAGGGUUGGGAGUAUCACGUGUUAAAAGGAGCGAAAAAGUUGCUGUCGAGAAAGAAAGGUGAAGCUCCGUACUUGAUCUAUGAGGAAGAUGAAAGACUCCUGCAAGCUAGCAACAGCAGCUCGACAGAGAUCCGGAAGUUUCUUGGUGGCCUUGGAUACACUCACUGUGUGCAGAAAGGAAAACAUAGUGUAACUGACGAUGGUAAAGAAGUUGCAGCUGAAGAUGGUGAAGAAGAAGUUGCAAGUGAAGAUGGUAAUCAACAAGCUGCAACUGAUGAGAGCGCAGACGUAAAAACGAUCAAAAUCCUAAAGCAUCAUUCACAACAUUCUAUCCAUCUUCAAAGGUUCAUCUUCAUCAUGCUUCCGGUUUCAUUUUCAUCGUUAUUUUUUCUUAUCUUUAUCUUUGAAUUGUUGCUACUUGUUAAGUAAGAGAUGGUGAUGGUA